GUGCACAGGCCUGGUACACGCAUAACGUAGAGAACUCAGAAGGACCAAAGGAGAGGAAGAAAGGAUAUAUGAAAGAGAACACAUUUUAGAACAAACCAAACAUUGCAAGGUUUGGUAAGGCUCCUUCCAAUCUAGUAACUCCGAGUCAAGACUUUCAACAUGGCUACCUUGAAGGAAAAGAGAACUUGUGGACAAAGAUGUCAAGACUUUGGUCACUUUGUCUGGAAUUCUGAUGAUGGAACUUUCAUGGGUAGAACGCCAGAAAAAUGGGUGUACAUCAGCUCGUACUAUUUGGCUUUCUAUGUGGUGAUGACAGGCUUGUUUUCCUUGUCCAUCUACGUACUCAUGUACACAGUGGAUCCAUAUUAUCCCGUCUACCAGGAUCGAUUAAAAUCUCCAGGAGUAAUGGUUUGGCCAGACAUGUAUAAUGAUGAGGUGUUAGAGCUCACCUACAACAUGUCAGACAAGCACAGCUGGAUGAAGAUGUCCAGCUGUCUUCAGCACUUCCUUGAACCCUACAAUGACACCAAACAGGAACAUUGUAAUUAUCACAACUGUACUUCCGGCAAGUACUUCUUCCAACCCAAAUUUGAUGCUCCCAAACAUACGAAGUGGUCCUGCCCUUUCUACCAAAGCACACUGGGUAACUGCUCUGGCAUCGACGACCCCACGUUCGGUUACACGACUGCCCAACCAUGUGUAAUCAUCAAGAUGAACAGGGUCAUCAAUUUCCUACCAAACAACGGAACAGGAAUGGCCCCAUAUGUUAACUGCACUGUGCUGGAAGGUCAAGAGAAUGUCCGUGGGCAUGUGUAUUACCCAGAAAACGGGACAAUGGACCUAUCGUACUUUCCAUACUAUGGCAAGCUGGCACAGCCAACCUACGUGAAUCCCUUGGUGGCCGUGAAAUUUGACCUUAUCAACCAGAGGCAUGCAAAGAUUCAGUGCAGGGUGAUGGCCAACAACAUUGCUUAUCAGAACAUCUAUGAACCUUACGAGGGGAAAGUGGACUUUUAUUUGACAGCUUUGAGUUAG